ACAACAACAACAACAUCGAGGGGCAGCUGGGGGAUGGAGUCUCACGCCAGAGACGAAGUGAAGGGACCGGUGCUGCACAUCGUGGUGGUUGGAUUUCACCACAAAAAGGGCUGUCAGGUUGAAUUCUCCUACCCGCCGCUGAUGCCAGAUGAGGGCCAUGACAGCAACCUGCUGCCAGAAGAGUGGAAGUACCUCCCUUUCCUGGCUCUGCCGGACGGGGCGCACAACUACCAGGAAGACACUGUAUAUUUUCACCUGCCGCCGCUAAGUGGAGACAUGAAGUGUGUCUACGGAGUUUCCUGUUAUCGCCAAAUAGAAGCAAAGGCCCUAAAGGUCCGACAGGCUGACGUCACCAGGGAGACCGUUCAGAAGAGCGUCUGCGUCCUCUGUCGAGUGCCUCUCUAUGGUCUGCUUCAAGCAAAGCUACAGCUCAUCACGCACGCCUACUUCGAGGAGAAAGACUUUUCACAGAUCUCCAUUUUAGAGGAACUGUACGACCACAUGAACGGAUCUCUGAGGGGUUCGGCUCUGGAUGGAUCACAGGUUUAUCUCGGGUUAUCACCAAGAGAUUUAAUACUGCACUUUCGACACAAGGUUCUCAUCCUCUUCAAGCUUAUUCUGCUGGAGAAGAAGGUCCUGUUCUAUGUGUCUCCUGUCAACAGGCUGGUUGGAGCUCUGAUGACAGUCUUAUCACUGUUUCCAGGUAUGAUCGAACACGGCCUGGUGGACUCAUCUCACUACAGGCCCAAGAGCAGCGUGUCAGAGGAACUGAGUCUGGUGGAGAGCGUCUCAGGAGCCGAGGAGUUCGUGUCCGUGUCCGUCACCGACAUCGCCAACACCACGCUGGAGGGAGAGGAGACCGCCCAGCCAGCCGUGGAAUCUCUGUCCUCCGGGAACAGCGGGGAGGGAGACAACCACCUCCUCAAACCGCCGUCGCGCACCUCCCCAGACUCCUCCGAGAGCGACUGGGAGACUCUGGACCCCAGCGUGUUAGAGGAGAAUGGCUCUAAAGAGGCAGCUGAGGGGAAGGAGACGGAGUCGGAGCUCCCAGACGCCUUCGACUCCAAGCCGGGGACGCCCAUCACUGUGCAGCCGCAGGCCGCCAGCGGUCAGGGAGCUGUCGUCCAGGGUCUGGUGUCCGGUCUGGAGGAGGAUCAGUACGGCCUGCCGCUCCCCAUCUUCACUAAGGGUUACCUGUGUCUGCCCUACAUGGCCCUGCAGCAGCAUCACCUCCUGUCAGACGUGACGGUGCGUGGCUUCGUUGCCGGGGCGACCAACAUCCUCUUCCGCCAGCAGAGGCACCUCAGUGAUGCCGUUGUUGACGUGGAGGAAGCUGGCGUGCAUAUUCAGGACCCCGAGCUCCGGAAGAUCCUGAGCCUGACGACGGCAGACCUGCGUUUCGCUGACUACCUGGUCAAACACGUGACGGAGAACCGCGACGACGUUUUCCUGGAUGGGACGGGCUGGGAGGGCGGAGACGAGUGGAUCAGAGCCCAGUUCACCCUCUACCUCCACUCCUUACUGUCCUCUGCACUACAACAAGAUAACGAGAGGCUGCUGGCUGAUUACGGCGCGCCUUUUGUCACAGCCUGGAAGAUCACACACAACUACCGGGUGUGGUACAGCAACAAGCACCCCGCCAUGGCCGCCAUCACCCCAGGACACCCGUUCCAGGGCCAGUACAGCGUUGCUGAUGUGAAACUACGACUCUCACACUCGGUGCAGAACAGCGAGAGAGGGAAGAAGAUCGGAAACGCCAUGAUCACCACCAGUCGCAGCAUGGUCCAGACGGGGAAGGUAGUGGGUCAGUCGGUGGGCGGAGCGUUGACCAGCGCCAAGUCGGCCAUGUCUUCCUGGUUCUCCACGCUGGCCCAGCCCGCAGCAGUAACCCCACCGGCCUGCCCGGAGCCCGCCACCGAGGUCAAACCCUGAAACCGAAACCCCCCUCCGGCGGUCGCGUGUCUCUGACCGUCUCCCUCGUCCUCUAAGCUUCUGGCUGAAGGGUCAGAGGAGCGAGAGCUGCUUCGUAUGAAGGAUGUGAGCAGAGAAAUCAUCAUCUUCAGAAUCAACGAGUUUAAAGUCCAAACCAUAAAACCUGAGACGCAAACUCGGGACAGGAAGGCAGCGUUAUACUAACUGUACAGCCCAUAUCCACUGUGAGGCAGAGACUGCCGGUGAUACCCAUCAAAACCCAGAAAAUACAGCGGGCUGCAUCCUGUCUGUCUGUCUGUCUGUCUCUGCUGCCGUUUGUAUUGCUGGAUGCUUUCCUGUGAGACACUAAAGAUGCUGUCGUUGGGUUUGCGGUGUUCACUCUUUUGCUGCAUAUUUCUAGAGUUUGUCUAUAUAGCUGAUUAUUUUGCUGAGAAAUUAUGUUUAAAAUAAAUAAAUAAUGCAUAAAUAAUAAAUAAAUCCACGUCGCAGGAUUUUGACAGGACAGCAUGAGCUGUGGCACCUUGAAGAUUUUAACAGUUUUUAAAUUAGCUCAUGUUCAGUGAUGCCUCUGUAGUAACAUUGGGGUUGUCGUGGUAACAGCGUGAAUUCUUCUGUGGGUUAUUUUUAUGUAUAUAAAUAUACAAUAUGUAUCUAUGGAGCCCUGAAACUGACAAAAAGUAAUCAAAGUCAGUCCCUCCUCACGCCAGUUUAACCAAUUUUUAUCUAAUGGCUGCAACUUUUCUGCACGAAAUAGUGAAUCCUACGUCAUUAAACUCACUUCCUUGUCUCUAGAUGUGAGUUUAACACAAAUGUCUCAUAAUAAUAAUCAUAAUCGUGAGCCUUUUUUUGGUAAAAAUAUGUCUAAAAACUGUAAAAAUGCAUCGCAAUUUGUUCGAAAAGCUGCCAUGAAAUCAGCCAUUUUAGGCCGCAACAAUAAUAGUAAGUGUAAACGAACAUAAAACACGUCGUACUCUUCCUUCAACCUCCAAUAAUUUAGUUAAUACAGGAGUAGAUCAAGAUGUCAACAAAACUGGCUAAUGCUACUUCAGGUAUAAGAAAAGAGACAAGUAGUGCUAGUUGGUGUUAGCUUGCUGGCUCAAAAUAUUGAGCUGCUGUUAGAGUUACAGUCAUUACCUGCUAUUAGUGUUAUCUAGUAAGCAACACUGAUAAAAUGUGAAGAGGAAAAUUAAAAAUGUUGCACAGGAAAGAAAGAUAAUUGAUUUAAAUGUAUUCCCAGAGUAAAAUAAAUUAGUUUAAUCAACUGUUUGCUAGUAACGGAAAGAAAAUGUCAUUUAUUUUGCUGUUUUUACCAACAGAUUGGAGCUUAAAGGAAAAGUACAAAGGUUUAUAUUUCCUUUUACACUUUAUUUUAAGUAUUUAAUUAACAGUAUUAUUUAUUGAUAUGAUCAUGCCACAGUUUCUGGGCUCCGUAGACGUCUUUAUAUUACUUGUUUUGUUCAACCCAACGGCCCAAAAUCACUAAAAUGUUGAAUUUUAAACUGAAUGUUUGGCAUUUUUCAUGAUAAAUAACCUAAAAUGUGAAAAUUAAACAGAUUACUUCACUAAUUAUUAAAGCUCUGAAUCUGAAUGCUGUUACUACAAUAACCACAAUGUUACUACAAUCCUUUUGUACCUAAUGCCUGAUUUUGUGCCCUGAUAAACGUGAUAAAAACCUCCCUAAACUAUGAAGGAAACCUGCACCCAGCUGUGUCUGACAGGGUGUCAGUAACCCUCACCCAGGCCUUUUUGUACGGUCAGAAUAUAUAUUGGGAGAACUAUAUUUAGUGAAUCUGAAGAUAGUUUAAAAAUAUAUCUUAUUUAUUUGUUGUGUAUAAACGUGUAAUCUCAUAAAUAUCCAUGUUUUUGUCAUGACAACACUGGAUCAAGUCCUAAUCUGCGGACCACUGUGUGUAUUUGCACAAAGCAGCCAUUGUAUUCUAUUUAUGUGACUCUUUAUCUUGUUAUAACUGUAAUUUUGAGGUGCUUACAAGAUCUUGUUUCCCUCCAUGCUACAAAUAUUCGACAACAGUUGGAUUAAAAGUGGUCCAGUGAGCAUGCUCUGUCCAGUCCAGUUUUACAGCUGUAAUGAGUGUUUCAUCCUCCUGUCUUUAAAACUCUUUUAGUAUCUGUUCUUUAUUUCGUUUUCACGCUUUUAAAACCUUCUUUGGACAUCGACUCAUUUUCUUUUUUUGAUUUCUGGAUUAAGUUUAAGAAAAUAUCGGCUGUCAAAAGCUGCUUUUUGUUUCUUUUCUUUCUUUUUUUUAUCCUCUGAUGACUAUAUUUUCAUUUUGUAUAAAAAAAAAAAAAAGAUAUGAAUGUAUUGGUGAACUAAAAUUCACAGAAUAUUUUCUUGACAAUGCUUUUAAUGUAUUUGAGAAGAAAGUGAUACUCUCUACUAUAUUGCUGUAUUAAAAAUAUAAUAAAAAUACA